UUUUAGCGUUGCCCCUCUCUCACUCUUUUUCUGCAUCUCUCACUUUCUACGGUCGUCCGUACGGCGUGCCUACGGAUUUUAACCGGAUCUAUCGCGCGAAGUUUUCGCGGUUACGCGAGCUUCGAAGAGUUUCUCGUUGAUCGCCGUCUCAUUUUGCUGGUACUAUACUUCGUUUUUCUCUCGCUUCUGUUUCACAUCACCACGUGUUUCGUGGCACGCCACAAGCACGUUAUUCUAUUUUCGUCCUUACAUUUCUCUGACCUUAUUGUUAAUUUAUUCUGCCGGUGUGUGUUGUUUCUUUUUCUCACUCGUGCGGUGUUUACCCCCGGUGAAACGAACGAUCGGUUGAUGCAUAGACGGCGUACACAACGUGACGCGAUCGCACGUACAGUCGGGCUCGGUAUACCCUCGUGUGGGAGAGAGUCACAGUGAGAGGGGCAGGCGGAUAGAGAGAGACGGCGGCCGCACGUAGCUCGCAGGGAAAGGCGGAGAGAGGAAGGAGAGCAGUAGCUAGCCGGUGGUGCGUCGUCGUCGUGCGCUUCCUAACCUCCAAAACGGCUCCUCGCGACAAGCGACGCGUACGUACGUGCGGUACAACGGAGCGACGCUGCCACCUCGACGCGCGCGCGUGUGUGUGCCUGUGGCUCUCUCGUGACGUUGUCUUCGAUUCGUAACGAAUGAUCUGCAGUUUGCUGCUGUCGCUGUCGUCGUCGUCGUCGUCGUCCUUGUUGUCAUUCUCAUCAUAGUUCAAGGCGGUAUUUUCUGUCGCGUGUGUGCAACGUGCCAGCAUCCUUCGGCACAACGGGAGUAAAUUAAUCGCGAGGCGAAUAAUCGGGCAAAGAAGGAAAUCGCGAAGCCGAAGCUUUCAAGUUCCCGAGAGCUUGUCAAGAUUGUCAAGUGAUCGCGGCGAUCAGUGAGUGAGACGAAAGCGGAAACUACGUUGCUUCGACGGAUAUUUCACGGUGUUUGGCCAGAAGGGUUGCUGCUUUCAUCCUCUGCGUUGUCAUUGCCGUUGUCGUCGUUGCCUGGGAGCCUACCGUGGACACGGUAGGUCUAAUAGGCAAUAGAAUUGAUCUGUGUACAAUACACCAGCGGAAAAUUCUUGUGAGGAAUUUAGACAGUAUGAUGAUGGCAAACCUACCCCCUGUUAUGCUGCCACCUAUUACGGACUACGGGAUGCUGACGCCUACUCUUGGAAUAAAGGUAAGAAUUCCAGACCUUUCGAAUUUUCGUCCGUUCCCUACAGCACCGUUUCCGGUGGUGAGUGUCCAGGAAUUCCAGUACGCUCGCGGGACGGGCGCGUCCCUGACGAUGAGGGGUAGCGAUGAGCUUCUGUCGCAAAGCGGAGCAGUCAGCAAUGGUGCUUCAAUGAGUCCUCAACCUCAUCACGCGGCCGACAACAACAAUGACGCCAAGAAGGUUAAGCUCGACAAGAGUCACAGUGGCAAACCUUCGAGAGUCAUUCAUAUCAGGAAUAUACCUAACGAGGUGUCAGAGGCGGAGAUCAUCCAUCUGGGUCUGCCCUUCGGCCGCGUCACCAAUGUUCUCGUUCUCAAGGGCAAGAAUCAGGCAUUUCUGGAAAUGGCGGACGAGAGUGCUGCCGCGACCAUGGUGACCUACUACGCUUCCGGUAUGGCUCAACUCAGAGGCAGAGCGGUUUACGUACAGUUCAGCAAUCACCGUGAACUCAAGACGGAUCAAACGCACUCUAACAACGCGGUCAGUAGCCCAACAAAUGAUGUCGCCAACACUUCUGAGAAUUCGAACAGUCAAGUUGCGAUCCCUGGACAAAAUCAGGUAACUGGUGCCGGCGAGACCCAGGGUGGACCCAACACGGUACUUCGAGUCAUCGUCGAGCAUAUGCUUUAUCCGAUCUCGCUCGACAUCCUGUAUCAGAUUUUCACGCGCUUCGGCAAAGUCCUGAAGAUCGUCACUUUCACAAAGAACAGCUCCUUCCAGGCAUUAAUACAGUACGCGGACAUGCUGUCGGCGCAGACCGCUAAAUUCGAGGUUGAGAAAGCCGUAGCAUUAAACUUGCCGCUGCUUAAGUCGCUGGACGGGCAGAACAUCUACAACUCCUGCUGCACGCUGCGCAUCGACUACAGCAAGAUGCAAAACCUCAAUGUCAAGUACAACAACGACAAGUCGCGAGAUUACACCAACCCGAACCUUCCGACCGGCGACGCCAAUCUGGACGCGGCGUCGCUCGCCCUCGGCGGCGAAUUGCUACCCCAAUUGCUCAUGGGUGCUGGUUCCCAGCCACGUGCUAGGAUACCCGUAGAGUCCAUUGCAGGGGCACCGGGUGUGCUGCCCACGCCCUUUGCGGCCAUGCACGGCCUCCCCUCGCCCCUGGCUGGUCCCUACAACGGGGUACCUCCAGCCGGAGGACUGGCUGGCCUCGGCGGAUUUCCUCUCGGUGCGGCCGGGUUAGGUGUGCGGGUGCAGGGAAACGCGCAGGCAUCGGCUGUGCUUCUCGUCAGCAAUCUCAACGAGGAGAUGGUCACGCCUGACGCUCUCUUUACCCUGUUUGGCGUUUACGGGGAUGUACAGCGUGUGAAGAUCCUCUACAACAAAAAAGACUCGGCACUAAUACAGAUGGCCGAACCACAUCAGGCGCUUUUAGCUCUGACCCACAUGGACAAAUUAAGAGUGUUUGGAAAGCAAAUCAAAGUGAUGCUGAGUAAACAUCAAACGGUCCAGUUGCCAAAGGAGGGCCAGCCAGAUGCGGGCCUGACGAAAGAUUACACUAAUAGCACCCUACACCGAUUUAAGAAGCCCGGCUCAAAGAAUUAUCAGAACAUCUAUCCGCCGAGUGCGACUCUGCAUUUAUCAAACAUUCCGGCUACGGUAGCUGAGGAAGAGAUCAAGGAUGCUUUCACCAAGAACGGCUUCACCGUGAAAGCCUUCAAGUUCUUCCCAAAGGACAGGAAGAUGGCUCUCAUACAGAUGCCCAACAUGGACGACGCCGUGGCUGCGCUGAUCAAAAUGCACAACUACCAGCUCAGCGAGUCCAACCACCUCAGAGUGUCAUUCUCCAAAAGCAACAUCUAACAAGAAUCGCCACCGCACGAGCAGCAGUGGUACCAGCCCUACGCCCUAGUCCCCCUUUGGUCACCCGCUUCGGUCUACGACUGAUGGCCCUCCUGCAGUUGGAUUCGCAUAGGUGCUCGUCCGAUUCUGCGAGAGUUGCGAGGCUGCUGUUGGUCAGCCGUAUGGUAUGCGAAACCCAUACGGGACUGCAUCGCGCACUCAGACUUCAGCAAAAGCAACACACGUGGACAAGAGCUUACCUCGUCCGAGCGAGCUUAGGAUGCUUUCGAGGCCUUGCCCUUGUUGGGACAUCUUUACGGCGCGAACUUUACGGCGGUAUUUCCGGUCGAUUCUGUCGAUUCGAGGGUUGCUAGGGUGUUACGAGAUGUACCAGGGCUGCAAGCGCGAAAGCUGUGGAAAUGACGAAGAGAUGAAUUCGCGACGGCUUUCUCGAAGAUAGUUUCGGUGCUGGCUUUCGAGCACAAUUCAGUGCGAGAUUUCAUAAUUGUAGAAGCCAAGUGAGGCGAUAGGUGACAUUUUUAACGAGACAAGACGACGAAGGAGAGAGAAAGAGGACGCGUGCACGCGCGAUCGAUUGAUCAUUCUCAUGAAAGCCAGGACCGUCGCGCGAAGAAAGGUACACACACACAGAGAGAGAGAGGCAAAUGAGACGAAGAGCCUGGCAGUCAGGCAGCGUUACGUAGAGAAAGCAUGCCUAAGAGAGGAAAGAGAGAUUAGGAUGUAGACGGGAGCGAGGAAACGGCACAGUUCGACAUACAGUCCUCGACUCUUGUACAGAGUUUACGCUAGGGAAGAUAAGAUAUAUUAUUGUACGUGUAAAAUUCACGAUCGCGUGCGGCCCGAUCGGGUCGUACCGACCGAUCUACACUGAUUACGGUUAAGGAUUUUUCAAAGUUGCGUGGACACAAGGGCGACCGUCUCGGCGCCCGUGAUAUCAGUUCGGAAGCAGAACGUCUCCGUCGUCGACGUGCUCGUUCGACGAGCGAGCGAGCGAACCAACCAACCAACAUGGAAAGGAUGGUGCGCAAGGAUGAUCGCGCCCGACAAUCGUCCCGGUCAUGCUCGUCGUACGAUCACACGCAACGCGGCAGCCGAGAUCCGAGUGAACCAGCAGCGUUUCCCGCGAGACAAUCUUCAUUCUUCUGACGACCAAGAAAACGCGCGAUCGAGCGUACUUCGUGGCUUCCGUUCCGUUCGAGCAGACAAUACGAUCGACAAUGCUAUGCAUCGAGAAGUAUGACGGGAACGGCGUGUUUGCAUUAAUCGUGCGUCUAAGCAAGAAAAACGGCCAAUGUCACGGGACCCUUUCCAUGCUUUCGUGAGGAACUAUCAUUCCGCCGACGAACUUAUCGUCCUUGUUGAUCUUACGUUACGGAAUUUGAGCGGCGCUUGAGAAGAAACGAACGAAUCCGAAGGGAGAAAGAAAAAGAGACAAAAACGAUGCGACUAAAUUCAGAUCAGAUCAAACGGCCUUGAAAGUUUCUUUCUCGCAUUUGGAUUCGUUCUCGCGGAUGACGUUUCCAUGGCGUUUCGACGGAAGGUCGCGAUCCGUUCGUAAGGCGGAACCGAUGCAAUUAUCAAAGUCGUUCGUUGCGUGCUGAGAGCUACUCUAUUCGGGGGGACUCGACUGCGAGUGUGUCUGGCCCGCUCGACCCACGUUUAUGCUUCUCCGAGGACGUGUUCCUCGGAGGUACCUCCAGUAUUUUCGACAAGUGUCCGACACAGUCGAGCGCUUCUCUCUUUAGAAAGGGGUCGAGCGUGGGCCCGACCGCUUCGACCGGUCGAGAUGAAUCCUCCAUUCGUGAGGACCACGUGGCGCGACUGCGCGCGUUGUCGUACGGUCGUCGCAGGUGGCAUUUUUAUAAUUUGUACGUUUCAGUUCAGUGAAUAAGUAUUAUCGCACCCGCACACACGUAUCCGCGUCUUUACGAGACCGUACGGUUAUGCAGUUAUACAUACACGUCUACACACACAAAACACACACGUGCAUACACGUAAUCGCGCACGCACCGCGCGCGAGAUAAAUGUAUCGACCGCCCUCUGAUUUAUAUAUACGCGCAUACAUACACACGUACAGACAUACAGACAUACAGGCGCAUAGAUACAAGCGAAUACGCAAAUUUCUUAGUUAGAGUAGAUGCUUAGGCAUGUGUUAGGAUCUUAAUCGUAUAGUAAGCGACUAGAAAAAUAAUUGACUAGGAGAGGAAGGAGUGAACCGUUGAACAUAUCGCUAAUUAAAAGAUUUGCAACGUGCGGAGCGCGCGCGGAGUGUGCGUACCGUGCGAGGCGGAUCGGCGAGUACUGCUCGAGUACUGCCUUGAGGAUGAUUCGCGAUGAUGGAUACGAUAUCCGUGCGAACGGAAGGGGUGCGCGUUACUUCCUCCCUCUCUGAACGAAGGAUAGGGAUCCAUCGCGCGGCGCGGCCCGAUCCUACUACCCCCACUGAGAGUUCCUGAUGUCAAAGCAUUCCUUCGAUAGUCGACGAUCGCGAGAGAGGUUUUACGACGCCGCGCAGUUAAAGCAAGCGAAUGUCUCGAGCGAAUACCGGGCGUGUGCGAGAGACGAUUCAAGAGUUAUCGCACUCUUGCUUGCACGAAGAAGCGACAUAGCAUACAUAGACACGAGAGAAAGAAGCAAAGUAACAAGUUACAAUCGUAGAAUCGUGAAUCUGACGGGAAAUCCUUAAGUAAGCCGCGAAAAUCGGGACGAUUCUUGAGGAGCUUGAGACGUGAUCGCCGAAAAGCCGCGCGAGACCAAGUUUCAAUCGGGGGAGAAGGGUCAAGACUCGACGAUGAGUCCGCAGGACCGCGCGCGCCCCAGCAAGACCUACGGGUUUCUGUCUGAUUGACGUUCUGUUGGAGUCAAUUAAAUUUUACUGAUAUAACAUAACUGAUCGUAUAGAGACAAAUAGGGAGAGGGGAAAGCGAAAGAGCGCGCGUUGUAAGGAGACUGCUGUGCGAAGGCGUAAUUGAGCGAACGGAAGAGAGAGAGAGAAAGAGAGAGCGUGCGUGUGUACACGAAAGAAUGCAAUUGCGCGAGUGCGAGAGAAAGAAGAAGAAGAAAACGGAGUAACAAUGCGCGAUUUCGAUGGGCUAUAAAUUCUGCAGAGGGAUGGGAAGAAGUUUUUCGUACCGCGCAGCAACCAUUCGAGGCAGGGAAGUGACGAAAAUGUGAAACAAAGGCGAAUGCCGGCCCGGGUAUGUGUUGUUUGUGCCAAAGUAGGCUAGCCGUUAAAACUCUGUAGACCGGGAUCUCUCUUGGUGAACCGUGCGAACGGGGCAUCCUUGUCCGAUCGUGCGAACGUCGAUUCCCGGGGUUCCCAGUGCAGCGUAUCGACGACGAUCACCUCGUACUUGACGGAUCCCCGGGACGGAUCGGCGUCCCGCUGAUCGAGUACUGACCAAUCAGCUAGUUGUUUAGAGACGUAGCGAGUAGCCGGCAUGAGCGAAGGGGCCAGUCUUUAUCAUCUACGAUCUUGCGUGUAUCUUUUUUCCUUUUUCCGAUAUCUGGUUCACCGCGUUACCUACUACCGCGACUACUGCAUUUGUACAUUCUUCGAAGACGAAGUUGCUCCGUCUGCACACCUCAGACUGCAACGCCUCACGUUGCGCUCACGCGAGAGGUAUAUUCACGAGACUCUACGUGCACCGUAAGUAAUGAUCACGCGCGGAAACGCGUCCACACACGAUCACCCGAACACACAAUUAAGUACACGCGGACUCCAGCGCGCGAUGCGUGUUUUCACGGUGCCUUGCCGUAACAAUUGGCUCUCUCUGGCGUUUUUAACGAUCCGGAAUCUAAAGAAAUCUAAAGGCGUUCUCGGUUUCACGCGCGGAUCUUGAUUUUGUCCGUUUCAUCCCGAUUCGUCUCUCUGUACUCGCAAAUUGCAGCGACUCUUCCGCGUAUUGCGCCCGUGCGCUGGUGUUUUCGCGCUCGCGUAUCGCGGGAGCUUCCGUACAAUUCUAACUUCCGGCACGAUAUCGUCUAAAGCGUACCUGAACAGCAGUCGCAUAGAGUGCUACUACUCUACUUCGAGUUUUCAUAUCGUUUAUCGCGAAUCGCAACGUCGAGCACCCACCGUUCGCGCAAGAUUACCAAUUACAUUUUGUCACUCUGCUGGCCGUUUCUCAGCACAUUCCUUUUCGGCGCGUGCAAGUCACGCGUCCGCACACUCAAAUCCACCAUACACGCGCGCACACACACAUGCAUAUACAUAUAUGUGUGAGACACAGUACGAUGCACGUGCACAUGUACGUCCAGCGUUCUUUUCUUUCGUCGGGAUCACUUACAGCACGACGGCCUACCGUCGUUCGCAAAUCCUUUUUCCUUCAACAAAAAACGAUAUCGCACCACACUACUGGUGACAAUCAGCUCUUUUGCUCGCAAGGGGGAAUCGCGUGCGAGAGGGAUUCCCCCGAAGUUAUUGCCAAAGUAACUCGUUUCGCGAACGGCGCGAGUCGUUCUUUCGUAAGGGACUAUUACUAGUAGAAACGUUGUACCGGAAACGGGAAAGUUGUACGGGCUAUAGGUAUCUACAGGGUGCCCGACGUUAAAUCGCACAAUUUUUCUGUUUGUUCAACCCGCCGUCGCCGUACGACACACGUUUAGAUCGGCCUUCCUCCUUUUCCGCACGGGCGGUCCUCACCGUGAUAGACAGAAAAGAAGAAGAACAGCAACAACAAAAGGAGGCACCCUGUAGACGGAUAAAUCGACUAUAUCACUAGCUGGGUUGAGGGGGGCCGAGGUGAGGGUUGGAGUAGCCAGCACUCGCUACAUGGUGUCGUAGAUUAUUCAGACUCCGAAAUUUCCCCAGACUCGUGGAAAGCGCGAGGAAUCGACCGGUUGGAAUCGGUAGGGAUCGCGUUUGUCUCCACGUGAAGAGCACGGCGGUUUCCGGCAGAGUUUCAGGCGAGACUACGCUGGAAUCGAUACGAAGAGUGUCCGCAAUAUCUGUAAAAAUGAAAAGAAAUUGAUUGUCUUUAUUGCUCUUUCAGAAAACUUUUAUGCUGACGAGUAUAGCUUUCUAUGAUUGCGUAUGAUUUGCACUUGAUUGCGAGACAUCCGGAUGGUCCCGAUCUGACUCGGUCGAUCGCUCGGUACGUUGAUUCCGGAAGACGCGGGCGUGGAAAUCGGCGACACGGCAAUGCGGUGAAAUAUCGCACUCGGACCAAGGAAAUUCGGGGUCUGAUAGGGAGCCACGCAGUAGAGCUUAGCCUACACCUAUACCAAAUUCACACACUCACAUACACAUGCAUACACAGAGGGUAUACUUAAAACUAUGUAUGUUAACAUAGAGCAAGAUUGUACCCAUAUACAUCCACAUACGUACACACGCAUGGACAGACGCGGAGACACACACACACACACACAAACAACUCUACACAAACUCGCACGACUUUAUCUACUAUAUAUUUGAUAUAUCGCAUUGUAACAGGUGUGUCCAAAAUGCGCAGCGGCUGCAUCCCGAUAAUCUAUAUUUUAUUAAUAAGGGAUAAGAUCUUACACAUAGGAUUAUUAACGUUACGGAUUAUCGCAUAAAUUAGAAGAGAGAAGAUUAAUCUAUAUGAAUAUAUUGUAUAAUUGCGCGACGGGGUUCAAGUACACUAAGCGUGAACGACGGAGAUCACGCAAAGAGACGCACACACCCACCCACUCACACACGUGCAUAUACACUUACACGUACGCAACGAUCAGGUGGAGACGUGAGAUAUAUAUGUAUAUGACGAAUUUUAAAUGAGCUAUGUAUCUGUGCUAUCGUAGGUAAUAUCGUUGAAAUUCAGGAUACGAUCCGCUUGCCUAAUCGGGGCCUUAGGCGUCGUCGUUCGUAUAUACCGGGGAAGGAACAAGUCUAAAAAAAAGUAAAUGGACGCGAAAGAGACGUCGAGACGUUCGGCGCAUCGAUCCGUCGAUUUUAACGUCGAUUGCGGAUCGACUCCCCGUCCGACGUUCUCAUAUCAAAUUUUUUCCGUGUUCUAGAGUUAGGAUGCUGAGAUUAGGCGAAGAGGCGGUCGGUUGCGCGGCGGAAGUGGGCCACGACGGUCACGAGGAUCUCGAGGUUCCUCGCGAGUCGCUUCUCUAUCGACGAUAUCGAUCGUCAUCCAUCGUCGUCGUGCAAUCGGCUGCUUUUUCCAAGAUUCGGGGAACGGUUUGUGCAUGUUACACGGUACGGGCGGCUGGCAGCAAGAAAACACCUCACGGGCACACAGAGUACACGUACACAGACACAGACACAGACACGUGGAGAGGAGCGCAGCUCGAAAUUAAAAAUAAGUAUACAUUAGUUUAUCGCGAAGGGGGAAAAAGCGUUUAAAAGACACACAGGGUCUCCAGAGUGCGGACGGUGACGAAAAUCUUUGAGAUGGACAGUAAAAGAAGCGUUAAACGGGCAUCUAACGCGCGAAUUUAAGGAUCGCAGUAGCGACUGUAGUCCGAAUAUCAAUGUGCUGUAAUGUCGGAACAAUCGUAUUAUUAAGUAACACAGUUUGAAAGACUCUAAAGACUAAAACACAAGAAAAAGCAUCAGUAAAGUCGCAUGGAUCAUUAAAAAACCCUUUUCGGGCUGAAUACUUAUUAACUUUUCGAGUCAUCAAAUACCAAAUUGGGCUUCUUAGAAUUACGUUCAAGAAAGCGAUGCUUAAAUCGUGUUUAUUACUUGAACGUCUAUUUUCUCCGGCGAUUUAUUCGGUCGUUACCUCGACCCUUCGAUUAGGGUGCGCGGAUGAAGGGAAACAGACGCGAGAUUUCUUCCUUAGCGUCCCGACGAGCACGGAUGCGCGGAUUAUUCGUUGGUGUGCCUGUUGACUGAAUGACACCGCGAUUUUCUUGCCUGCUCUUACUUCCACGAGAAUUACGCUAGUUUAGAUCCUGAGGGUGCGAACACUCACGAUGCAGUCGGGAGGGUGGGACGGACUGUGGGCGAACGCUCCUCUCUCUGCAACGCGCGAACGAUCGAUGAGAUUCGCUUCGUGAUUUUCGCGAGAGCGAGAAGGAGAGCUGCUCGACCGGCCCUCGAGUCCCGCACGACGAGUCCUCGGCGGACUUCCGCUUUAAAAGGGAGCAACGAAGAGAGAGAGAGAGGGGUCUCGAUAUUGGAGCCACUAUCAAUCGUUUAAGUAGAGUGUACCGCUGUCGCUAUCAUCACGCCUAUGUAGCCGAGUAUCGCGAGGGAAGAGUACGAGCAUAGAGCACCGUAUAAUUCAACGGAGCCUAAUUUACGAGAUCACAGUAGAAAGAAGCAUAGAGAAGGAGAUUUUUUUCGCGAUCGAGGGUGUAGAGAAUGCUUGUUUCUUCUCGAUAGACGGCACAUUCGCAUUUCGCGCGAGCAACAGCUAAAUCGCGAGUGAAACGCUAAUACGUUUAUAGGUCGACGAGCGUCGUAGAAAUUAAUUAAGCCAGUAAUCGUUACGCCGAUGAGAAGCAUGAGAUGAUGAGAAGUGAAGGGAAGAAUAGGCGGGAGGAAGCGCAACCCCCGCACUGUGACGAGAAAUAUUAGCGAGAUAAAACGUUAGUAGCGUCUUAGAGUCGUGUAGUAGCUUCUUUCUAGUUAAGCCUCCAGACUAAGUAAUGUGUAUAGUUAAAUGACAAUCACUCGACUCUCUGUAUCGACAAUUGACGACGGAAAUCUCUGAGCCGUGAUAAGCUGCCACGCACCGAACCCCUUUCUUCGUGUCCCCCUCUUUCCCCCUGACUCCUUAUUCUUACAACGAGGUUUUUCCUUCUGCCCCGAUCAUCGGACCUUCUUUUCCCAAGGGACCCUCCACCGAGCUGGCGGACUACUAGCGCGAAUUCGCGAGCUUUCAGAAAUCAGAAGUGUAAAUAAAAAAAUGGACCUAAAAAUCAUGGAUUCGUCUCUGAUAAGUCGCCGUUGCCGCGACUUGUUUGUCUGAAAGUGUCUAGAUCGACAAAUAAGUCGAUGUUUCUCGUGUAAAACAAAAUUAUGAUUGUUGCAUAAUUAUUGGAUAAUUUGUAUACUCCGAGAGUAUCAUGCGUGUGUGCGCGAUAAACUUUCUUUUAUCUCGUAACCGAUACUUUAACUCCACUGUGUGUGUAUGCGUGUGUUGGCUCUCUAAUUGGUUCUUUUAAUCGAGACGAGAAAUUGUUCGCACGGAUAUUUAAAAAAUAUUUCGUUUGAUGAAUUUGUUAGGAAGUUGAAGUAGCAUUUUUGAUAUUUCGUGUUUCUCUCAGCGUUCGGAGAUUUCACGAAAAAUCUCAGGUUGUACAUACACGAAAUUUACUGUUUCUUCGAUAUUAGCACUCUAGCUUUAUCAGCAAUCUUGCCGUUUAUAUUUUCGCAGAAACUUCCAAAUCUAUCGUGUCAGCUGCGCCUUUUAACUCUCACAUUUUCCAAAUUCCGUGCCCAGGAAAAUCCUUGAUUUUCUGCGUCUACUUUCCUCCUUUCCUUCACAGUUUCGCAGUCGUCGUUCUCCGUUGCAAUCGAUGUCUGAUGUCACAAUUCCGCGCAUCACUCUCGUUGAAAAAUGAUUUCCUGCUUGAGAGAUAUUUUUUAAAUGUUUGAAAAGAAAAAGAACAUCCAUACUCUGGAUGCUCUCUCUUUCUCUCUCUUGCAAAUGAUGUGCUUGCGGAAUCGUGUCAUCAGGACUUCGAUCAUCGGCGAGGCGCGCUCUGAAACUGAUAGAUCUUAAAAACAAAGAAGAUACAUGUGAGAGAGAAAACCAAUCAUGGGCCAGGAAUUGCGUUGCAAGUCACAAUCAGCUCGUCUCCGGCAAAACAGAGAAUUUUCUUUUCGUGAGAAAACUAAUGGGGAACCAUUGUCAGAGCGGGCGUUUUACAGUUAAGCUCUUUCUUAGUAAGUUCGAUUAGGGAUUAAUCUAUCGGGUAGAGAAGACGGACAUCGCGAGCGAUCCCUCUGUUCGUCGCGCUUGCACCGCGAUGCGAUUCGUGAUGCGAGUGCGUGGCAGGAGAGAAUUAGGAAAAAAGAAGAGAAUUAUUCAGGGACAAUUGUAACGCGGAGAAAGGAGGACAAGUAAAAUGAAGGAGAGAGGAAAUUUCUUUUUGGAUCUCGUCGGCACGAUCGACAGGUCGAUUUUUCUAUUAUCGAUCAGCAUUUACGCGAGACACGCGCACGUCCACACAUGUCACAUUUAUCACACACAUACCACACAUCGACACACAUGACACGCGAAGACAUACGAUUGACGAUCUUCCACGUGCCUUCUUGGCGCGACACGCUUACACAAAAAUGAAUACGUACGGUAUACGCCGACGCGAUAUUAUUAACAAUAUCGCCCACGACCUUUUUAUAGCUCGACUCUUGGACCCCCUUUUAUGAGAAAUAUUUUUUAUUUUCUAUCGACAGAUCUGGAGAUGCCUUUAUCGUUCGGUCUCCUCCUAAAUGAUCGAUGAACGUUUUCAAUGAAUGACGCCUCGCAUAACUCAACUAAAUGCAAAUUCUGUAUCUUGAAUUCUUUUUCUCGAAUUUUAUACUUUAUGGCCAGCUUGCAUCGAAAAUUGUACGUUUUGUCGCGAAAUGUUUGAUUUUAUUAUUGGAAUUCGAAUGAUAACAUUUUGCGCGGAUUUAACGGAAAAUUGCAUGCGUGAUUUAUUAUCUUAUUUUUAUUAUUUUCGUAAUGCGUAUUAGGCGAAGGUAACUUUGCAGAAAUUCUUGUGAUUUGUCGAAUCUCAUCGCGCGGAAAGAGUUCCUUUACGUUUCACGUGCACGUGUAGAAAAGUACCUCAGGAAAUGUUGUAAGGGAAUUUGUACAUAUCACAAGUACGAGAAUUUUGCUUGUACAUUUGUAUGAUAUCUUCCAGGUCUGUCUGUGUCAGCAUCUUACGAAUAUCCCGUUCCUCACUUUGAUGUUAUCGGUAUUAUCAUCGUUCACUUCUUCCCGCUGACAUUAUCGUUUCUUUUUUUUGCGUUACUCCCGCCUCUUUUACUUUUAAUCUUACUUUUGUACUUUUUAAUCAUCGCCGGUUGCUAUUAUUAUUUUCGCCACUGCGAUCAUUAUCUUUAUAAGCGCUAAUUAUUAUUAAUUGUCUACUCUUAUUGUAAUUGCCUUAUUCUUACGUUUAAUAAAUUCUUUUCCUUUUUUUAAUCUUAGCAUUAACGACGCGCUUAAUUAUGUGCCGAGAGAGAGGCCACUCUUUUCUCGCUAAAGCAACACGUCUUUUAGUUCAUGUAUUCUUUGCGUAAUCACCCUAAUUUUAGUUCUCCUAAACUUUUUACUGGCGGUGCCACUCCGUUCACUAUUCUCAUCUAUCAUUAUCACCUGCUACUACUCUGCUACUAUUACUACUCUUACUAUUAUUCACUAUUCACUACUUUCUACUAUCAACACACUGUUACUCUUUUUGUUUCAUAUCUUUUCUUCUUCUAUUAGAAAAUCAGAACGGACCGCAUUGCUUGCAUCAAUUUCAAAUUAUCAGCGUAUUCUCAACUAAAUUGCGAAAAAUGGAAUUAUAAAAAAGUAAGGAAAAAAUGUAACAUAUUUUAGAUUUCUACAUUAUUCGAGAUCAGUAGCAAUGCGGAUCGCAAGUCUCUACGUUUAGCUUCUAUUUCAUAACUAUACUAUACUAUAUUUACUUUCUCUCUUUGUCUCUCUCUCUUUCUCUCUCUGUCUUUAUCUCUCUCUCUCUUCAUCAUCUACAUACUUCUAUUUCUCUUAAUCUUUCUCACAUACUCUCUCUCUCUCUACAUAUAUUAUUAUUAUAAAUAUAUACAUAUAUAUACAUCGUAUGCUUUAUACUACUUCUAUUCUUAUCAUUACUAUAUUACUCUACUAUUGUAUUACUGUACUACUACUUAUGAGUGCUACUGUUGCCGCUCCGACCAAUGUUUGCUCUUACUAUAACCGUCAAUGCGUUUGCGGCUCGUAAGUAAUUGUAUGUCCUUGCCUGUUCUUUAUUUUAUCUCGUUUUAACAAAGCGACCUUUAAUCGAAUUACCACGUGUUUCCUCUGCAUCCCCCUGCUACACAUUUUGACCUUAUACUUGGUGUUUUGCGAAUCUCUGUACCAUGUUUCUCUGUCAUUUCCCCAUCCUUCAUCAUUCAUUCCGCCACUCCCCGAUACGUUUAUUUCUUCCAUCGAAUUCCCGACCCCGAUAUCACCGAGUGUCGAAGCGAGAAUAAAAAGACUUCGCGCGAGCGAGCAGGACGAAAGUAACGUAUACAUAUAAUUAAUCCGAUUUGUCAAGAAAACGAUUGAAAGAAGAAAAAAAAUAAACCUACCCGUUUUUUGUGUUCU